AUGAGAGAAGGAACUCCAAGAGUGAGAAUUGAAGUGAAUAAGCAGAGACCGACUCAUUUUGUGUCCGAGUCCGAAGAACAACGAUUACAACGAGUUCAUAGUCGUGAUUCUGAUACUGCUACGAUGAAUUUUGUUACUGAUGAUCGGAUGCAAGAAGAGCACGAAGAGUACAGCGCAUUCAAAGAGGCGUACGAGGAGGAGGAGAGUCGCGAAUACGUUAUUGAAAACGGAGUGAAGCGGCUUGUCAAUCAACACUACGAUUCUCGUGGAUAUUCUUCAUCUGGACGAGGCCAGAAAGGACGCCGUGAGGAGGAGCGGAGACGGAACAUGGCUGUUGAUUAUUCAUGUAUGUUUCCUAAAAAGAAGAAGAACAAAGAAACAUGUCCUCGCUUCUUCUUCUUCUGGUCCAUACACACACGAUUUGAUUGCAUUACUAAUUCGGUGUUGUUUGCAGCGCAAGACUUCCGUCAAUCAUUGGCAGCAAUCGAUCAGGCGAGUCGUGAUGGUGCCAUUUCUCGCGGAGAAGACGGUGUCCGAGUGCGGCAAAUUGGAGACACCACAAUUAUGACAGAGCACAGAGAUCCUUAUUCUUUCUACUGGCAAUUGGAUCAACAAAGACGGGAAGCCGAGUCGCCGCCAAGAAGGGCUCCUCCAACUGAUUAUGUUAUCGAUGAGGAGGAGGAAGUGUUGGAUACGGUAUUAUCUCCAGAAACUGAUGAUAGUGGUGUGAUGUUCGAGAAUCAGUAUAGGCGACCAGUUAGACAUCCACUUCCACCACCACCACCACCAAUUAUGGAAGAGGAGCCAAAAGACUUGCCACCUGGAUGGGAGAAACAUCAAGAUCCACAAGGAUAUUCAUAUUACUGGCAUGUGGACAGUGGAACUAUUCAACGGCAACCUCCACCACCAGUGCGUGAUGUGACACCUGCUCGAAGCCCAACCCCACCACCACCGCCCGUGUAUUCUGUUACGACCGCUAGCCGUGAAACUCAAGCCGAUGCUCCACCACCACAAAUCAUUCAGUUGCCACCUCAACAGCCGGUCAUCGAGGAGCACGCAUUCAAGCAGACAACUACAAAAAGAAGAAUUGAACAGGAUGAAAUGAGUGAGGGAUAUGCGGAGGAAAACCAAAUCGAAAAUGGGGACACUUACCAUAAACCAGUGAGAUUCGCUGUCCGAUCAAUGGGAUGGAUUGAGAUUUCUGAGGACGAAUUGACAGCUGAAAAAUCUUCCAGAGCGGUUAACAGAUGCAUCAUAGAUUUGACGAAUAGAACAGACAUUGAUAAUAUUCCAAAAUGGAAUGAUGGUCGUGAAUUGAUCAUGGAACUUGAUGACAACGAGCUGGCUCUUAUUGAUCCGGAUUCAAUGAAUGUCAUUCAUUCGGAAAGAAUUCAAGCAAUCAGAGUUUGGGGUGUUGGCAGAGACAAUGGAAGAGACUUCGCCUACGUCUCUCGUGAUCGCAGUACUCGUCGAUUCAUGUGUCACGUCUUCCGAUGCGACACUUCAGCAAAGACAAUCGCUAACACACUUCGUGAUAUCUGCAAAAGACUCAUGCUUCACAGAAGACCAUCUAGUCUUCACGCCAUUGAAUCUGGAGAGAAGAGAAUUGUCCGAAGUGAAGGAUUAUCUGCACCGAUUGACGAGCCAAGAAAGGUUCUUCGAUGCCAUUUCUUGGGAGUUACUCAGGUUCCAAAAGCUACAGGAAUUGAGAUUUUGAACGAGGCUGUAGAUAGAUUAGUAAAUCAAGUUCGUCCAGAAAGAUGGAUUUUCGCUGAUGUCUCGAUUGCUCCUUCCACCAUUGCCAUUGUAGAAGUCAACGGAGGCCAAAUAGCAGAAUGUAGAGUCAGAUAUCUGUCUUUCCUUGGAAUUGGAAAGGAUGUCAAACAUUGUGCAUUCAUAAUGCAAACCUCAAACGAGAGUUUCAUGUGCUAUGUAUUCCAUGUUGAACCAAGCGCAGCUACGAUGGCCAAAAUGAUCGAAGCCGCCUGUAAACUACGUUACCAGAAAGUUCUAGAUGCUCAUGCUUCAUCUCGUCAUAACUCUGGAAUGUCUUCUCAUGGACCACCACCACCAUCCUCCUACCACGGCAAGGGAUGGACUGAAACUUUUCGAGACGCUUUCGGAUCGGUAACAUCUCGAAUGGUACCUUCUAGAUCGACACAAAGACUUUAA